UUCUUACUUGUGCUAUGUAUCCUAAAGCUAAGCUAGAACUUGGGGAAGAUGGAGGAGUUGGAUCCCAAUACAAUAUAUCCAAACAGAGUGUAAGGGCAUAGAAACACAAGUCAGAUCCACUGAGAGCUCUCCAAGCUUGGAAAGUGCAACGCAAUGGACAAACAACAAAGGACCGGCGAAGGGGAACAAUACGACGGCGGAUUACUUUGCCGGUUUGCCCAUCUCGUGUUGCCAUACUUAGAACCUGCAGAUCUAGCGUCCGUCUCAGCAACCUGCAAGGCGUUACGUGUAGUUUCCAAAUCUAUUACUUCCAGAAGAAUCUCCGACGCUUCUAGAGCCAUGGAGACUUACCCCAUUUCUUUCUUCAACUCCGUCGACUCCGAACUUUACGCCUACUUCAUCUACUCCCCUGUUCAGACCUUACCCACCUUCCCAUCCAUCGCCGGUCUAUGCUGGGGAGGAGAAAUUGGAGGUUCAGGUCGGGUUAGGCAGGACCCGUUCCUAAUCCGGGUGGAAGGUUCUAACGGGUGCGGGUGUGAAAGUUGCGACUUGGAUUGCCCGUGCAUGGAUUUUUCUUCCGGGUUGCCGACCCGAGAAUGCGGGCCGAGUUGCCAGUGCGGGUCAGAGUGCGGGAACAGGUUAACUCAGAAAGGAGUAUCAGCGAAGCUGAAGGUUGUGAAGGAUAGGAUAAAAGGGUGGAGUUUGGUUGCUGCUGAUUUCACUCCAAAAGGGAAGUUCAUAUGCGAGUACACAGGAGAACUUUUGACCACCGAGGAAGCAAGAAAUCGCCAGAAACUAUAUGACAAAAUUUCAAAGAGUAGCCGCUUUCCGCCUGCACUGCUGGUUGUGAAGGAGCACCUUCCAUCUGGAAACGUGUGCAUGAGAAUCAACAUUGAUGCUACCAGAAUUGGCAAUAUUGCACGUUUCAUUAAUCAUUCCUGCGAUGGUGGUAACCUUUGUACAAUGAUAGUUCGAAGUUCGGGAGCACUGCUACCCCGAGUUUGCUUUUUCUCUUCCAGAGAUAUUUUGGAGAAUGAAGAGCUCAGUUUCAGUUAUGGGGAUACUACGCUUAACCCAACAGGCUCUCAAUGCUUUUGCGGUAGUGCAUGUUGUUCUGGGAUCCUUCCAUCAGAGCACACAUGAUGUGGUAAGGUAACAUUCCAUUGCUUUAAACAUUGUGGUACAUUUAUACUUCGAGGUGCAUUCCUACAUGGGGGCAAUGCAUGCCACUAUCAAGUUCAGCUCUAAAGCACAUGGCGUUGAGCAUACAAUGCUGUAAUCCAGAAAAGAUUGAAGAGGCCAUCGAAGGGUGUGGUGGAAUAUUAAGAUUCCUUCAAUCUUAACCAGUGACUUUCUUUGGUUCGUGCCCUGGGAAUGGAGUCCGCUUUGGUAGGGAUGCUAAAAACUUCCCAUAGCGAGCUUUCAGCGGUGUGAAUCCGGAUAAGUCGGGUUAGUGAGUUUUGAACACCGGAUGAUUUGAAUAAAAAAGAAAAGAAAAAUUUGAAGAGUCAGUCCGGCAAUUAAAUGUUUUUUUUUCUGUGCCUGAUAUGACGUUCUGUGACGAAAGAUGCAAGCUAGAUUCAUAUUCAAUUGAUAAGGGAGGAUAUUGUGUUGUUGGAAUUUAUCUCGUCAAGGAGAAGAUGUUGUGUUUGUCAAGUUGCUAGACAAAGCUAAUGGAUAAGAAGGCACUAGGUGGACAAGAAAAGGGAGCGGUGGACGAGGCAAAAUAUUUGGCACUUUUGUGAUCACUUUGAUGACUGAAGAAGAGCAUGGACAGAACAAUGGAAUUGGCAGGUUAUUUAGGAUUUAUAUAUUUGGGAAAGUUAAAAAGAUGUAAGCCAGCAAAGAAAAUGUUCACGUACUACUGUCAAAUGAAAAACGACCUUGGAAAAAGCACCAUAAUGACAGGGUAUUGCAUUACACCGAUGCAGAUGUAAACCAUAUAAAAAGGUCUGACACAAUUGCUAGGAAAAGACUUAUUUGGCUAUUUUACUUGUUGAAAUGGUAUUAUCCGUCUCAAUGUGGACUUCGUCGUUGGAAGAUUUGAAGAAUGGCAGCUACCCAAAGUUGAACUCUAAUGGACAAAGAAAGAGACAAUGCUAAUGAUUUGCGAAUAUUCAGAAAUUAAGGGACCACUGAGAAGGUAACUAUCGAAAUUCAGAUUCAAUUCCAACAGGUUCUUCAUACAUGAAAUAAAGAAGGAAAGAAAAGCAUCUUCUGUGGUUGGAUCAAGUAAAAGAAAAAAAUCCAUUUUGUGGUAAAACAAACAUGAACUUGACAAGAAUUUUGAGAAUUUCUUGAAUUUACCGACUUUUAUUCAAAAUCCGAAGCAUGACAGAAACCAAACUUAUGGUGGUUGACUAGGGUCUCUGUUGAUUAAUUCGAUUUUAAUAUAAGUAUUUGCUCCUGUUAGCUAUUAUACUUGCUAAAUUCUACAGCUGAGGGAGAUAAAGUUGGGGAAAGGAAUAAUAGCAUUCUCCUUGGUUUUGCAAGUCAACAAGAAGUGAUGCCAAGAGGACCUUAUCAAAGAAGUGAUGCCAAGAGGAGUCACUAGAAAUAGUUGAUUGAAUAGUUGAAGAAAAAAUAGACACUUCUAAGCAGAUGAUUAUGAUAAUAAAGAAGAAAGCUAAAAGGGUACAUGUAGAGGUGAUUGUGAAGCAGGAACCAUUUGGCACAUGUAGAGGUGAUUGUGAAGCAGGAACCAUUUGGCACAUGCCUCCGAAGCUGAAAAAAUAUGCUGGUGUUGUUUAAGCAUUCUUUGAUUGGAGUUCAUGGAAGUGUUUGACCAAUUACAACUGCUGACUCAAAUAAGUGGAGGAAUACAUUGAAGCACAUUCUGGAAGGGACUAACUGGUGGAGCUUGUGUAGUUUUAAACAUCUCACUUGGGAAUUCAGAUUAGACAAAGAGAAAGCAAAAGAAGUAACCAGUUCUGGUCCUUUAGAUUGGGGAAAAGUUAGUGCUAAAGAGAAGAAGAAAGAUCAAAGACCUGGAAGGAGAAAACAAGGACAUUGCCUAAAAUUUACUAGUGGAAAUCUGAAGAAUGAAUCCCAGCAUGACAUAGAGCAACAGCAAGGAAUUGUUUUGAGGGUUAAAAAUUGAUUGCUUAAGGAUGAUUCUUUUGGGUGUAUGGUUAGUUUUGCUUUGAUCGAUCUCUCUUUUACAAUUAUUUGUACUUGUAAGAGCUUUUGUGUAAAUGUUCUUUUACCUCUGCAAAUGUCUCUAUUCCCUGUCAAAAGAAAGAGUAUUUAUUUGACUUCUAACAAAAUUGUCUUUUGACUUUUAUUUUCAGAUUGUAAUAGCGAUGAAAGAACAAUUCUAAUAUAUCCGUUUAAUUU